UUCGAAUGUUGGCAGUGGUACAGAUUCGUGAUGAAGUCGGCGAUGUCUAGUUGUCUUGUGUCACCCUUGUUACACGGAGGCUCUUAUUUUGUGAUGUGAAUGACCUAGCCGACAUGGGUGAGCCAACUGAGGAAAAUGGCCAAUUGCCCGGCGUUGAAAUUGGAAACGUGUCGCAGGCUUUCCAGGCAACCUGCCACGCUGCAGCCUCAGCUUUCCUGUCUGAGUACACUGGCGAGAAUAAACGAUGUGCUGAGGUUGUGGCGGAGCUGAUCAAGCACCAUGGAAGCAAAGUCCCAUUCGACACCCUGGAUCUACAAGGAAACCAGCCAGUUUUGAAAGGCAACCAGAUUAAUGACGAGAUUGUGCCAGCUCUCCUGGCUGUACUGAAACAGCACAACGUCACAUCACAUCUCAAUCUCUCAUACAAUACCGUCACUGACAAGGGAGCAGCCUGCAUUGCCGAGUUCCUCAGGCAGAACACCCGCAUGGAGGGCAUAAGUCUCUUCCUGAACGAGAUCACGGCCGAAGGCGCCGGAGCGCUGUACGGUGCGUUGAAGGCCGGCAGCAGUGCAGUGGAGCACAUCGAUCUUGGUUACAAUCGCAUCGGCGGUGAUGGCGGACUUCGACUUGCACAGAUGCUGCAGAGAACGCCGUCGGUGACAUCUGUCAAUGUCGAAAAUACUUAUCUGGACAUGAAUGGCCUUCAGCAAGUGCUUAUCGCAUUACAAACCAACAGAACAACGGAGGACAUCAAUCUUGGACGCCCUGUUCUAUCGUCACAAGGCGUUGGAAGCCUGCCGCAUCAUCUGGGAAAGAUGCUCAAGAGCAACGUGGUGUUGAAAGAGCUGCGCUUGCCCUGGUGGUCGCUGUGCUGUUCUGACAUGUUCACCAUAUGUCAGGGUCUGCUCGUCAACCAGACCCUCGUGCACCUGGACUUGGUCGGGAACAAGAUUGCACCGGACGGCGCCGAGUACUUGGCAACGUAUCUGAGUCUCAACGGAGCGCUGAAGGCGCUCAACCUGGAGUCAAAUCGCAUACAGGACGGUGGCACACUGGCACUGGCGCGUGCCCUGACGACCGGCAGGUCGGGUUUGGAAUGGCUGAACAUCAAGUUCAACAGCAUUCAGCCAGAGGGCCUUAAGGCCAUGGCCAGGGCGAUUCGGGCGAGCUGCGCCCUGAGAUAUGUAUACGUAUGGGGCAAUGAGUUUGACCAUGAUACUUGCCAGGAUUACACCUAUCUGCUGAGUGGUGCAGUUCCGCGUGUCUCCGUCGAAGGCGGUCUGGACAUCUCUACGUACAUCGUCGACGGGGUGUGCUCCGUGGCGCACGUCGAAUGCAAGGAGUUCAAACCCUUGUUCAAGCGCAAGCGUUUCCGAGUCUGAACGACAGCUCUAAAACGCUGGAUGGUGUGAGAGGUCUCGCCCUGUGAACUGUGCACAUCCAAGGAUUUUCUGUGGCCACUUGUCCGAUCGUUAUGUUGCUGUCGACGGCUCAGAGUUUCAACGAACCAAACCUGAACCGAGUAUUGCCUAUCUUGGCUUUGGACACGGGCUUCUUCUCCCGGUGGCAUCAAACACCAUCUGAGGCCCUGUCCCUUUCUGACGCACACCGGCAUUCCUUGAAAUUUAACUUAGCUGGCGGACCGUGCCCACGUGAUGCCACCCGUCGCUUUGAAUAAGUUUGCUUCAGUAAAUAAUUUAGGAAACUUCACUUCUCAGCUCCAAACUCCAAAAACGGUCUCUUCACUGCGAUUCAAAUUCAAACUUACAUGAUGGGCGAGGCCCGAAAAUUUGGAAUUACCCUCAUGAUGGGCCAGGCCAAACAAAUUUGUUGUAAUGUAAUUUUGAAUUUGAAUCGCAGUGAAGAGACCGUUCUUGGAGUUUGGAGUUGAGAAGUGUAGUCUCCUAAAUGUGCAAGUGGCUGCGUAGGAGUUUGUGGACAGUUAGAAAAGUUUAUCAGUAAAAAAUAUAUAAUUAUGUGUCUUUCCCUCAAACCAGUCAGUAAAAAAUAUAUAAUUAUUUAGCCACGGCUCCCACGGUACCGUGGAUACAACAGGAGUAGAGAUGUGUGGUCAUCACUAGAUAGUAGAUACAUGUCCAAUUUUGUAAUUAUCAGCCUGCUGUCUUGACAAAACUAAACUAAAAGAUUGCACUACAUUUACAAGCAAACGGAAAGGAGUCACAUACUCUCACCUAACGUAAACAACCGCCUUUACAAAUUACAUCAGUACUUUUCUACUCGACAGUAAUUAUGUGAUCGCAUUUUUUUCAAUCGUACAUUUUGAUUACAUGUCAGAGUUUUCUGCCCCAAGCACACUGCUUGGCACCUAUUUUUUUUCAGUUUUUGUUGGAAGAAAUCUGUUCGAUAUUAAUUGUGUUCUCCUUCCUGUUCGGUCAGGCUAUCCGUUU